AUGGCUUCUUCCAACGCUACCAACAGUACCAGUGCCGCCAGUGCUGCCAACACCAACUCGUCUGCUUUCAAGAGUGCCGAAUUGGCUGCUUUGAGCGGCGUCGAGGCUGCUAAGCGUGCUGCUGCGUACGCUGCCGUUGACAACCACGUCAAGCCGCAGCACGAGAUCAUUGGUAUUGGCUCGGGCUCAACGGUGCCUUAUGUUGUUGAGCGAAUUGCUCAACAGGGACCUGCUGUGAAUGCAAAGCGUUGGUUCGUUCCCACCGGCUUCCAGUCACGCGAACUCAUCAUCAACGCCGGCCUUCGUCUCGGUGAUGUGGAUAGCUUCCCCAGCAUCGACGUCACUAUCGAUGGCGCUGACGAGGUCGACAAUGCGCUCAACUGCAUCAAGGGCGGCGGUGCUUGUCAUUUGCGCGAAAAGGUACUCGCCGAAGCCGCCAAUGAAUUUGUCGUAGUCGCUGACUACCGCAAGAAUGGAUCGCAGCUCGGCACAAAGUGGCUGCAAGGUGUCCCCAUCGAGGUCGCUCCGUUUGCCUAUGCAAAAGUGCUUCAGAACCUCAAAAAGAUGGGUUCUGACAAGGCGGUCCUUCGCAUGGGCAAGGCAAAAGCCGGUCCCGUCGUUACAGAUAAUGGCAACUUUUGCAUCGAUGCUCCCUUCCCCGAAGCACAGAUGAAGGAUCCCUCUGAUUUGCUCAAGCGUAUCAAGUUGCUCACCGGUGUACUUGAGGUCGGUCUGUUUUGCAACAUUUGCAAGUCCGCCUACUUUGGCAACGAUGACGGCACCAUCACCAUCAAAACCGCCGCCGGAGAUGUGCAAGAGGGCGUCCACUUUGACGUCUCCAAGGCGCCUGCAACAGCAUAA